UAUUUUAAAUAUUCAGUCCUAUACUUUAGAGCAUACAAUACUUUGACACGUUUGGAGAGUAAAACAUGUGCUUUAUGCCAAUAUUGAACAAAAUUAGUAGGAAUUGAUUGAAGUAAUUGUUAAUUUAGAGAAAAAAUUUCAAAACAAGGUAAACUGUUAAAUUUAUUUGUUGAAGUGAACGAAAAAAAUCCAUCAAGAUGUCGGUGGUUUCGGCGAGGUCGACUAUGACAACUGUGUCGUCGAUUCUCAAGAGUGGGAACUUGAGAGGUAAUCUUCAAGCGAGCAACAAGAACCGGGUGACUUUUGAGUUGCCGAAAAAUUUGAGCCAAAUUUUGAUAAACUAUGAGCAAGGGACGGAAAGGAAGAACUACCAGGCGUUGGUUUUGACUUUAAAGGAGGCGAAUAUCAAGGACAUCGAAUUUCUUGCACUGCUCCAAGAGGUCAAGACUUGCAUUUCCCAGCUAAAUAAUGAUCACGCGGAGUUGGUGGACAGUCUGCUGCAAGUCAGCUGGAUUAAGCGCAACAAAGAAGCUACAGAUGCCUACAAGGCUUUUUUGGAAGACUUGGUGUGUGUUCAUACUUAUCACUGUAUGCGCGUCAUUCAAAGGUUAAUUUCUUUCUUGACAAUUGAGGAAGUUGGUCAGAAAUGGGAGGACAACAAACCUUGUGAGCAAGAUAUUGUUGUGAUGAAUCACAUCCAUAAUGUUUUUUCAAAAUUUUUGAAAAUUAUUCCAAUGUCAAACGAUUUGUUAUUGAAGUCAUUGAAAGAUAAAUAUCCUUGGCGCAAAAAAUCAUCGUAUUUGCAUCAAAGAUACUUGUACUUUUUGCUACAAAUUACUGAAUACGCACCACAACUGAGAACAGAUAUUCUUUUGACAAUAGUGGAAAAAUUGACCAGCCUAGACGUGCACAUUUCUCGAGAAGUAAUCCUAGAUUACCGUAGAGAAUUAGAAGACGACGAAGAAGAAGAAAUAUUUCAAAUGGACUCAGAAAAUAACACCGAGAUUAAAGAUCACCCUCUGGCCCAUACUCUGGACAUAUGUAUGGACAUGUUCAUGACAUAUAUUUAUGACUGCUGUCACCCCGACGGCAAGAUGAACCAAGACAACGUUAAAAAAAUGUAUUUUGAGCUUUUACAGUGCUUUGAAAAAAUUAUCCUUCCCACUGAAUGGCCCAGCCAGAUCCAGUUUGUCAUGUUUUACUUCUGCAGCUUCAAUACCGGGAUCGCGAAAGCUUUUCUCAGCUGGCUUUGGCAGAAAGUUGUUAAUGAGAACGGCCAGACUCACACUAACAUUCGUCAGGUUUCUAUUUGUUAUAUUGAAAGUUUACUAGCUCGAGGAAAUUUUAUUACUUUUAGUUUGCUCACGGAUUAUAUUAAAAAAAUGUCAGUUUGGAUAAAUGAAUACAUUAAAUCGCACAAUAAGCCUGAACAUGCCUACUGUGAUGUUAGUGCACACGCAGUUUUUUACUCGAUGUGUAAAGCUGUUUUUUAUGUAGUAGCUUUUAAAAGUCGAGAUCUUACUUCUACGCCAGAAAAUCUGAAAUUCCUCGAAAAUCUUGGCCUAGGAAACAUGGUAACCUGUAACUUGAACCCUCUCCGCGCCUGCGAUGCAAGGUUUGUCCAGCGGUUUGCAGACGUAAUGCGAGACUACGAAAUAGUCUACUGCCACUCUAAAAUAAACGACAAUUUGCGGAAUAACUUGCCGGUGAUACAGACUACGAAAAAAUUCGUAAAACAACUGGAGGUAUUUUACCCGUUCGACGCUUACGUAUUACUCCAGAGCUCGGAGAAGAUAAAGCCGAUUUACCAGGAGUACCAAGCUGCAAAUCCUGCGUUAAGGUCUAAAGAAAUUUUAAACACCGAGAACAGCAAUAUGGAGAAUGACGAGGACGACUAUAUGGAUGACUUCGGGACGCCGCACCCUGAAGACUCAGUUAUUAACCCCUUAAUGGAGCAAUGCUCUUCACCUCCUAAUUUUAUGGAGACUUGAAAAUUCAUAAAUUUAUAUACCUAGGUGAAUUAAUUUUAAUUUAUUAAGUCAUUAAAGCUACGUGCAAUUAAAUAUGUCUUUAAUGGCUUGACGUGUAUUUUAUAAUUAUCAGCGUUUAUUACAAAAUUAAGUUUAUUUAAAUAAAAUUAAUUGUACAAAAGA